GCGAGCCUUCUCCAUCCUUGCAGGAUGUAGCCGCGGCGAUGUCAGCCGCAGCAUCCCCGGGGCUGUAGACUACUGGCUGCCCCCCCACCCUUGCCCUGCCCCCCAGUCCCUCCGAUUCCCCUCCUGAAGGGGCACAUUAGGCCGGCAUUUUUUUAAAAAAAGAAGUUCUCCGCCCUUUUCCCCUCCUCUCGACUGGAUCCGGGCCAAGUGAGAGAGAGAGAGAGAGAGAGAAGCCCUCAAUUCCGCCUCGCACGCCUCAUCUUCUCUUCUCCGCGCAGCGGAUUCCGAUCUCCUCCCGUCCACUUUGCGCCUGCCUUCUUCCCCGCCACUCCAGUCUCUUCUCGGUUGUAGCAUGGCCUGGUUUCCUGUGUGCAUUGAGAACACCUGUUGUGCCAGGCUCUGACAAGGAUCUCUUCUCUGCCUCUUCCAUGGCUUGGUCCCCUGGCUGGCCUCUAUAACACCUUGUGGCCCCAUCCCUGGGGCUCUCUAGAAUGAACAUAGGACAACACUGUGACUGAGCAGGUUUUUCCUUCCGUCUACCUGGCUGAUCUAGCCCACACCAGCUCUUCAGUCUUCACAUCUCCGCCCAGUGUUGCCCAGCCUGGCUGUGGUUUGUUUCCACCAUGGGAGACAUGGCCAACAGUUCAGUGGAUUUCUACCCUAAGAACCAGCGGCGAGAGCUCAACCAUGCAGGGGGCUUUGGCUGCACCUUGGCAGAGCUGCGCUCCCUCAUGGAGCUACGUGGAGCUGAGGCCAUCCAGAAAGUCCAAGAGACCUACACUGAUGUCAAUGGGCUCUGCAGGAGACUCAAGACCUCUCCUACUGAAGGUACUAUGAUUGGCGGGUGUUUGGGUGGAAGAGCCUGUGGGAAUGUUGCUGCUGGUGCUGAGGAUGAGGGCGAGUCUGAAGCUGGCUGGAUUGAAGGUGCCGCCAUCCUGCUCUCGGUGAUCUGUGUGGUGCUGGUAACGGCCUUCAAUGACUGGAGCAAGGAGAAGCAAUUCCGGGGUCUGCAGAGCCGCAUCGAACAGGAGCAAAAAUUCACAGUCAUCCGCAAUGGACAACAGGUCCAGAUUCCUGUGGCUGAGCUGGUCGUGGGGGACAUUGCCCAAAUCAAAUACGGUGAUCUGCUUCCUGCAGAUGGAGUGCUGAUCCAGGGAAACGAUCUCAAAAUUGAUGAGAGCUCUUUGACAGGGGAGUCAGAUCACGUACGCAAAUCAGUGGAGAAGGAUCCCAUGUUGCUGUCAGGCACCCAUGUCAUGGAGGGCUCCGGCAGGAUGGUCAUCUCAGCUGUUGGCGUCAAUUCACAGACUGGCAUUAUCUUCACUUUAUUGGGUGCUGGUGGAGAGGAAGAGGAAAAGAAAGAUAAGAAAGGGAAGCAGCAGGAUGGGGCAGUGGAGAAUAAUCAGAACAAAGCCAAAAAGCAGGAUGGAGCAGUCGCCAUGGAAAUGCAGCCUCUGAAAAGUGCUGAGGGUGGUGAGAUGGAAGAGCGGGAGAAGAAGAAAGCCAGUGUGCCCAAAAAAGAGAAAUCUGUUCUCCAGGGGAAGCUCACCAAACUGGCUGUUCAAAUUGGAAAAGCAGGACUGGUGAUGUCCGCUAUCACUGUCAUCAUCCUGGUCCUUUAUUUUGUCAUUGAGACAUUUGUUAUCGAUGGGAAAACAUGGAUGGCUGAAUGCACCCCCGUCUACGUGCAAUACUUUGUCAAGUUCUUCAUUAUUGGAGUCACUGUUCUGGUGGUGGCCGUGCCUGAAGGCCUGCCAUUGGCUGUCACCAUCUCCCUCGCCUAUUCUGUCAAGAAAAUGAUGAAGGACAAUAACCUGGUUCGACACCUGGAUGCCUGUGAGACCAUGGGCAAUGCUACAGCCAUCUGCUCAGACAAGACAGGCACCCUCACGACCAACCGCAUGACUGUAGUGCAGUCCUACUUGGGCGACACUCACUACAAGGAGACCCCUGACCCCAGCAAUCUGACACCCAAGACUCUGGACCUGCUGGUACAUGCCAUCGCCAUCAACAGUGCCUACACCACCAAGAUACUACCUCCAGAGAAAGAAGGGGGUCUGCCGCGCCAGAUAGGCAACAAGACAGAGUGUUCGCUGCUGGGCUUCGUACUUGACCUGAGACGUGACUACCAGCCUGUGCGUGAACAAAUCCCUGAGGAAAAGCUAUACAAGGUUUACACCUUUAAUUCAGUCCGCAAGUCCAUGAGUACUGUCAUCUGCAUGCCCGAUGGUGGCUACCGCCUCUUCAGCAAAGGCGCUUCUGAAAUACUCCUCAAAAAGUGCACAAACAUCCUAAACAGCAAUGGAGAGUUGCGCGCCUUCCGACCCCGUGAUCGAGAUGAGAUGAUAAAGAAGGUGAUCGAACCUAUGGCGUGUGAUGGGCUGAGGACUAUCUGCAUAGCCUACCGUGAUUUUCCAGCUGGGAAGGAGCCCGAGUGGGACAAUGAGAACGAGAUUGUAAUAGACUUGACUUGCAUCUCUGUAGUGGGGAUUGAGGAUCCUGUGCGGCCAGAGGUGCCAGAGGCCAUCCGCAAAUGCCAGCGUGCUGGCAUCACUGUCCGCAUGGUGACAGGAGACAACCUCAACACAGCCAGGGCCAUUGCUGCCAAAUGUGGCAUCAUCCAGCCAGGGGAGGAUUUCCUGUGCCUGGAAGGAAAAGAAUUCAACCGGCGGAUCCGCAAUGAAAAGGGAGAGAUAGAACAAGAGCGCCUUGAUAAAAUCUGGCCCAAACUGCGAGUUUUGGCUCGAUCGUCACCCACUGACAAACACACACUGGUGAAAGGUAUCAUUGAUAGCACCAUUGGGGACCAGCGCCAGGUGGUCGCUGUUACUGGUGAUGGGACGAAUGAUGGACCAGCAUUGAAGAAGGCUGAUGUGGGUUUUGCCAUGGGCAUAGCAGGCACUGAUGUGGCAAAGGAGGCUUCUGACAUUAUCCUGACAGACGACAACUUUUCCAGCAUCGUCAAAGCAGUCAUGUGGGGCCGCAAUGUUUACGACAGCAUCUCCAAAUUUCUGCAGUUCCAGCUCACAGUCAAUGUGGUGGCAGUCAUUGUGGCCUUUACUGGUGCCUGCAUCACACAGGACUCUCCACUCAAAGCAGUGCAGAUGCUGUGGGUGAACCUGAUUAUGGACACUUUUGCCUCCCUUGCUCUUGCCACUGAACCCCCCACCGAGGCCCUGCUGCUGCGCAAGCCGUACGGACGUAACAAGCCCCUCAUCUCCCGCACCAUGAUGAAGAAUAUUUUGGGCCAUGCCGUGUACCAGCUCAUUAUCAUCUUUACCCUCCUCUUUGUGGGCGAGGUUUUCUUUGACAUCGACAGUGGCCGCAAUGCUCCCCUGCACUCCCCACCCUCGGAGCACUACACCAUCAUCUUCAACACCUUUGUCAUGAUGCAACUCUUCAACGAAAUCAACGCCCGGAAAAUCCAUGGCGAGCGCAAUGUCUUUGAUGGUAUUUUUGGCAACCCCAUCUUUUGCAGCAUUGUGCUGGGCACCUUUGCCAUACAGAUCGUCAUUGUGCAGUUCGGGGGGAAGCCAUUCAGCUGUUCUCCACUGAAUGCCGAGCAAUGGCUCUGGUGCCUCUUUGUGGGCUUUGGGGAACUUGUCUGGGGACAGGUCAUUGCUACCAUCCCUACCAGCCAACUCAAAUGCCUGAAGGAGGCAGGCCACGGUCCUGGCAAGGAUGAAAUCACCGAUGAAGAGAUGGCAGAGGAUGAAGAAGAAAUUGACCAUGCUGAACGGGAGCUGCGCCGUGGCCAGAUCCUGUGGUUCCGUGGCCUCAACCGCAUCCAGACCCAGAUCCGCGUAGUGAAAGCGUUCCGUAGCUCACUGUACGAAGGGCUGGAGAAGCCAGACACAAAGACCUCCAUCCAUAACUUCAUGACGACGCCCGAGUUCUUGAUCAAUGACUACAUCCACAACAUUCCCCUCAUUGAUGAUACAGAUGUGGAGGAGAGCGAGGGUCCCCCGAGACGGCGCUUCCGGGCCAGCCCCCCACCAUCCCCCAACAAGAACAACAAUGCCAUUGACAGCGGCAUCUACCUAAGCACCGACGUCAGCAAGACACCUACCUCCUCGUCCAGCCCAGUUAGUCCGCUCCACAGCAUGGAAACCUCUCUCUAACACAACUCCACCAUGCAACCAGUUGAAAUGACUUUAUGCACAGCGGGAGUGUCCACUUCCUCCUGGGAGAUAAGGACUAGCUGAGUGAGUCAGGAAGGAAAGUGGGCAGGAGAUGGCAUUUCUCCUCUUGACGCUGGAGGGUGUUUUUCUUUUCCUCUCAGUGAGGUGGAAACAAAGAAGGUUUCUGCCACUGGAUGGCUCAGGCACAUGAAGAAGAGAAACUGAGUUGACGCAAUGAAAAGUGAUGGAUAUACUGUGUGGGGAGGGGGAAAAAACAAGUUUUCUUCAGAGUUACCCAUGAAGGGUUUGGUCUGAGUCCCGGAGGGUGUACAGGAAACAACAACAACCACUCAUUUCUCUAGUCUGUUAUUUGUUUCUCUUUGGACACAAACACGCUCACCGAAUCCACAAUGAUCCCCCACUUGGGGGUUGCUUUGAUUUAUUUCUGGGACCUCUUUUCAGUUUUUUUUUCCUCUCUCUCCAAAGUUGAAAAAAAGAAAAAGAAUUAUAUUUGCACCUGGAAAAGA